AUGUUGUACCUCCUUAAUAUCAAACUCUUAUCAGCUGAUCAGUACAGAUCCAUCUUUUCAUUCUCAUACUUCAACUUUGUGCAAUCACAAGUUCUUGAUGAUAUAUUGUAUACUGAUAAACCUCUGGUUGUGAGUGCUCCAACAGGAUCAGGAAAGACAGUCCUCUUUGAGCUAGCUAUUCUCAGACUGUUGAUCUCUCAAGGAGGUUAUGAUAAUAGGACGAAAGUGGUAUAUAUGGCUCCCAUCAAGGUUUUAUGCAGCCAGCGAUGUGAUGAAUGGAAGGAGAAGUUUGAACCACUGGGAUUAAAAUGUCAAGAGUUGACAGGAGACACUGAUAUUGAAGACUUCUAUCAGCUACAAGCUGUCAAUAUCAUCUUUACCACACCGGAGAAAUGGGAUAGCAUGACAAGGAAAUGGAGGGACAAUCAUUCUUUGGUUCAACUUGUCAAACUGUUCCUCAUCGAUGAAGUGCAUUCAUUAAAUGAAGAAACCAGAGGGGCUACUGUAGAGGCUGUUAUCAGUAGGAUGAAGACUGUCCAGGCCUCACUACCAGACCAUCAGACAAACUCAGCACCUCAGGAUCAGAGCAGCGGCUCAGGAUUACGGUUCCUUGCAGUCUCUGCGACCAUACCAAACAUCAAGGAUAUUGCUGGAUGGCUUGGAUUUGGAAAUAACACAGCUGUCUAUCACAAAUUUGAUGACAGCCACAGACCAGUGAAGCUUCGUAAGGUCGUGCUUGGCUACCCCUGCUCUGAAAACUUCUCAGAGUUCAAGUUUGAUCUAUCUCUAAACUACAAGCUGAGUGGAGUCAUCCAGACCUAUUCAGAAAACAAACCUUCUCUUGUGUUCUGUGCUACUAGGAAAGCUGUCGAACAGGCUGCUUCUAUCCUGGUGAAAGAAGCUAGAUUCAUCUUGAAUGCACAGUGCAAACAGAGACUACAGAUGUACAAUAAUAGGAUCAGAGAUUCCAAGCUCAGAGAUCUUGUAAUGAAUGGAGUAGGAUACCACCAUGCUGGAUUGGACCUACAAGACAGGAAGGCUAUUGAAGAGAUGUUCCUACAAGGGGAUCUACCUGUACUCAUGGCCACAAGUACCCUUGCAAUGGGUGUGAACCUGCCCGCUCACCUUGUAGUUGUCAAGUCAACUCAGCACUAUGCCUGUGGGAUGUAUACAGAAUACAGUGAGACACAGAUCCUACAAAUGAUUGGGAGAGCUGGAAGACCACAAUUUGAUAUCACAGCCACUGCAGUUAUCAUGACUAAACACAAGACAAAGAUGAAAUAUGACAAUCUCCUGAAUGGAACUGAAGAAAUAGAGAGCAGUCUUCAUAACCAUUUGAUAGAGCACCUGAAUGCUGAGAUAGUCCUACAUACCAUUAACAACAUGGACAUCGCCUUGGAGUGGCUCAAGUCUACCUUCCUCUACAUACGCAUUCAGAAGAAUCCCACACACUAUGGUCUUCCAAAGGGACUCACACAGCUAGAGUUAGAAAAGAAACUGAAAGAAAUGUGCACUAAAGACUUGGCAUCAUUGGCUAGCAUCAAUCUCAUACAGAUGGAUCAAGGGAGUAAAGUACUCAAGCCUCUUGAGACAGGCAGAUUGAUGGCAAGAUACUGUGUAGCCUUUGAGACUAUGAAGCAGUUCACCAAACUUAAUGGCAAUGAGACUGUGGCGGACUUGAUGGUACUUCUAUCAAAAUGCAAGGAAUUCAGUGAUGUUCAGCUGAGAGUGAAUGAGAGGAAGGUUUUGAACAAAAUGAACAAAGACAAGAACCAUGUUACUAUCCGCUACCCAAUGAAUGGAAAGAUCAAGACAAAUGAUAUGAAAGUCAAUUGUUUGAUCCAAGCCACCUUAGGAUCUAUUCCUAUCCAGGAGUUUGCUCUCAAUCAGGAUUGCUAUAAGAUAUUCAGAGCAGGCCAGAGACUUACUAGAUGUCUCACCGAGUAUCUGAUGACCAGAACAGAGUUCAAAGCCUUGCUCAAUGCUGUAAUCACAUCCAAGUGCAUUCAAGCCAAGCUGUGGGAGAAUUCUAAGUAUGUAGCCAGACAGCUAGAGAAGAUAGGUCCAACCAUGUCCAAUGCAUUGGUUCAUGCUGGUCUGGACACCUUUGAAAAGCUAGAGAACAAGAACCCCAGGGAACUGGAAUUGAUUGUAAAUCGCCAUCCUCCAUUUGGGAAUCAGAUAGUAGAAGCAGUCUCGCAUCUUCCAAAGUAUGAUGUCUCGAUUGAACAGAUUUCAAAGUACAGUCCUGUGAAAUCAGAACUCAACAUCACAGUAUGUCUUCAGAACCAUGAGAAGGUCGCUGGGAAACAGACCACUAAACCAAACCAUAAUGUCAUCUUACUCAUAGGAGAUGCCAAUAACAAAGUAAUCUACAAGCAAAGAAUAGCAGAUAGCCAGUUGUUGCAGUCUGGUAUAUGGAUGCGUAAGAUAGAAGUCAAGAGAGUUAUGAAAGGAGAAGAUCUCAGUAUUAACCUCAUCAGUCAAGACUUUGUUGGACUUGACGUCCAGAGCGUCUACACUCCAUUCUACUCUGGACCAAAGCACCUUAGAGCAGCAGCAGCAGACAGUGAUACUCCGGCCUCUCAACUGACUCAGAAGAAACCCCCUGCGAGAAGACUGGUACCUGGCCUACCUGGACACCCUAUCAUGAAUAGAAACCAGUUACUUGGUAUACCUGAUACGGUGGAUUCUCAAAAAAGGUUCACCACUACAGAUUCUUCUUCACCGCCAUUUGAUGACGGUAUACAAGAUUUUGAAGCGUAUGGAAGCCGCAAGCCCUGUAGCCAUCGCUGCUUAGACAAGGACACCUGCGCCCAUGACUGCUGUAAGUUUGGCAUCCCUAUCAGACCUCCUCCUAGACCUAGAGCCCAAUCCACCAAGAGGUUACAGAUUCCUGAUCAAGGGUUACCUACGACCAGUGCAAACGCCAGUAGCAACACUAGUAUGAACUCCUAUGAUCCAAAGAGCAUUGCCACCACACCAUCUAGAUCUAGAGGACUUCAUGGUAUUGAUGGCGUCCUGGAUCUGAUGAGACAGAGAGCUCGUGAUAUCACCGUCACCCCUAACAUCAAACGCUUGAAGUUCAGUGACUCAACCCCUACCCCCUUACCAAAGCUAGAUCAGUUUGCCUACACACCCAAAAGAAACUUGCUUCCUGCCAUGAACAGAGCAGCUGCUACCUCUACCAGCAGGGCCCCUCCUACCACUGCCACACCCAAUCCUAAGGAGCCUCAGAGGACUCAUGGAUGGGAACACUUGGACUUCUACAGGCAUCAGCGGCAAAUGGAACUCUCUGAUUUGCUGUCUGAAGAGUCCCAUGGAGGAGAGGAUGAUGAUUAUGGUGGUAAUGAUGAACUCCCAGAAGUAUCUCUUGGCUUUGAUAAAGGACCAGAUGACCUUCCUUGUUUUGAUAUUGGAGGGAAUGAUAUCUAUGAUGUAGAUGACAUGGAUGACAUCAUCUGUAUGGGUGACCUUGGGGACAACUUUCACCAAGAUCCCAGUGACAACAUGAAGGAGAAUGUGUGCCCUCCAGCCAAAUCAUCUGAAUGCCCUACCUACCCACCAAAACAAACAUCAGGGUUUCUAUGGACAGAUAUGCCACCAAGACAGCCACGUCCCAUACAGGAGCAGUCAGUCCCGAAUGUGAGAGUGCCACCUGGGCGGACACUCUGCAGAGGCGAAGCUGGCAAAUCCAUUGCUGCAUCCAGUGCAACCAUGUCAAUGCCAGUCAUGGAGUAUAGUUAUACCUCCAAUGUUGCUGAUCAGUAUGUCCCUCUGGUUAGAAGAGGUCAUCCUUCACACCAAUCUAUGAGACCUGCAUACAAUAACACUCUCAGAGGAUCAUAUGGACCUCGAGGAGGCCUUGGGAUCCAGUCCCUACCAAGACCUCAGCUGAGUACUGCUUGGACCAAACCCCUUCCUAAUCCUGCUCCUUUAGGAAAACAUGGAACAAGGCAACCUGAGAGAUCCCCUCUGAAACCCUUGUAUGGUAAGGCUGUCAGGAAUCUAGGCUUUAAUCCAGUCACUCCUACCACAAAGCCACCUACUGCAUGUCCGGCAAGCAAUACUAGCCCUGAUGAGAUGUCCUUGGUGACAUGUUUAGAUGCUGUUGAACAAGACUACUUACAAAAGAAGUUGGCUCUGUCGUUGUAUGGAUUUGGAGUGCAUGAAUGUGCCUGGCCAAACUCCAGUACGACGGGCAGUUAG